UCUCUCUGCCUUCCUUCCUUCUUUCUAAAUGUGGAAGUACUUUUUCUUAACAGCUCCUUUCUUUUUAAAAAAAUUUUCAUCUACAGAGAUAAAACAUUUCAUUUUUGGACCAAACUAAAUUUAUUAAGAUUAUUUGGCAUGUAAGUCAAGUCCAAAUCAUAAUUGCAUAAACACUUACUUAAAUUGUCUUCUCUCUCACUUUCUUUUUUUCUCUCUCUGUCUCUGUCUCUUUCUAUCUUGCUUGCUUAUUUUUAAGUUUACUCAUGAUCUGUCUAUAGAAUUUUCCACCAUCAUCCUUUUCACCAGUUCUGCUCACAUUUGCCAGUCUUAUAACACUGAUGAUAUCUGAAGGCUGAACCUCAAAUAGUUUAAAGAAAUACAGAAAUUCAAGUCGUAGGUUUUCAUUAUGGAUUGAAAAGUAUUAUUUGGUAUUUUUGUCUUAGUUCUAAUUCUUUUGAGUUUCUCUCAUAAUAAUAAAAUUAUUGAACUGAAGAGAAUCAAAGAAUAGUUUGACUUCUUGUUUUCCAUAUCAGGAAAUCGAGGCUCAGAGGCAGGACUAAAAUGAAGGUUUCCUAAUUCCCAUUCCAGUGUUCUUGUCACUCGAGUCACUGAAAUUCUUUCAUCAUAUUGUUCCACUUUGACCAUCACCACUCCCUUUCGAGUGUACAGUGUUUUUAUGAAAUCAGGUUAUUUAAUCCAUUUCUGAAGACAUUUUCCUUUUGAAAUUUGUUGGUAACCCAGUUAUGACCCCCUUAGAAUACAUAGUGAAUGCUUUAUGCCCCACAUCAGAACACAGUUUGGCAAGAUUGGUAGACUUUAGUCACGAGAAUCCAGGGAUUGGAGGAAGGGGUGUUAACAGGUCAGAGUUGAGGUGGAUUGGCAGAGCUGGGGCCGGUGGGAGGUGGGAAGCUUACAUCAUUUCCCUGCAUAAAGACUCUCUCUGACUGGUGCUGUCAGGCCCGUUCUUAAGAGUGCAAUGAGUUUACCAAAUGGACUGAGAUCUCUCAAAGAGAGAAAAGGAGAUAGCAGAGCUUCUGCUCCCGUGUUCCUGAGUCUAUGAUAUUAGACUAGACUGUCAAUAAGUAACUCUAUGCAACCAGGAUUGUCACUGCUUCGCUCUCCCCCAGCUCAGUGCCUUUCUGCUCCGCCCCAUCCCUGCUCUUUCUCUGCUGCUCAGAUCAGCUUCCUGCUUUUCAUGAAAGCUGUGUUUCUAUAAAGCUAGUGUUCUUUACUGAAAGAAUUAUUUUCAUAAGUCUGGAGCGGGUUUUGUGGUGGUGGCGGCUGUGGGUUUUGCAUUGGCUUUUUCUUUUUCUUUUUUUCUUGGUUAAGGUAAAAAAACAAAAACAGAGGCUGGGGGAAAAAAGGCAAAAUCAUCAUGAGGUUUGUUGUCACAUCGUGCCGGUGUUAUAACCACCUCUGUAGACUGCUGCACUGAAAACAUUUCUGUAAGAGAAUCCUGGCGCAUCACAGAAGCUGGAAGUUCUGAUGUUCCAUUGAAAUCACAAUGGAACGUCGUGACUUAACCUGGUCACAGUAAUGAAAGGCAGUAAUAGAAAUAAGGAUCAUUCAGCAGAAGGGGAAGGAACUGGAAAACGACCAAAGAGGAAGUGUCUUCAGUGGCAUCCAUUACUAGCAAAGAAACUUCUUGACUUUUCUGAAGAGGAGGAAGAGGAAGAGGAAGAAGAAGAUAUUGAUAAGGUCCAACUUCUUGGAGCUGAUGGCCUAGAGCACGAUGUAGAUGAGACCGAAGAUGAUGAAUCUUCAGAGCAGCGAGCUCGUAGACCAAUGAAUGCAUUUCUUUUAUUUUGUAAACGCCAUCGCUCCCUUGUUCGUCAGGAACAUCCCCGGCUGGAUAACCGUGGUGCUACCAAGAUACUGGCUGAUUGGUGGGCAGUUCUAGACCCAAAGGAAAAACAGAAAUAUACAGACAUGGCCAAGGAGUACAAAGAUGCAUUUAUGAAAGCCAAUCCUGGCUACAAAUGGUGUCCUGCAACAAACAAGCCUGUGAAAUCCCCAGCGCCCACUGUUAAUACACGAAAAAAGCUGUGGGCCUUUCCAUCUGACUCUGGAAAAGAUUUACCAAGCCCCAAGAAAGCAAAGACUGAAGAAAUGCCUCAGCUUAACUUUGGGAUGGCAGAUCCUACACAAAUGGGAGGCCUGAGCAUGCUGCUUUUGGCUGGAGAACAUGCUCUGACUGCACAAGAGAUAUCUUCAAAUACGUCACAUCCAGAGGCUCCUGCCCCUGCCAAACAGUGUGAAGAGUCAGCCUUGUUUCAAUUUGCAGAGAUCUCUUCAAAUACUUCACAGUUGGGUAGUCCUGAGCCCGUGAAACGCUGUGGGAAGUCAGCACUCUUCCAAUUGGCAGAGAUGUGCCUAGCAUCAGAAGGAGUAAAAGUAGAAGACUCAAAAGUGACAAAAGCAAAAGAAUCAGAAGGAAAAAGCAUGGAAGAAUCUGAGAAGGGAAAAGUAGAAAGGGAAAUAAAAGAAGAGAAAUCAGAAGAAGAAAAGUUGCAGAAGACAGAAUUAGAAAAGCCAGAUGAAAAAAUAGUCAAAGACUGCCCAAGUGUCACAAACUUUGACGAGAUUACAGUGGACCAAAUGAAGGAGGGAAAGAAGGAAGAUGGUGAAGAGAUUAAAAAAGAAGAGUUGAGGGAAGAUGAAAACUGUAGCCACUUCAUUGAUCCUUCUUCUUCCAUCAGUAGUAAGCUAAUCACGAGUGAUAGUCCCAGCAGAAAAGAUCCCAUUUGCCAUUCUCACGAAGCUGUGAUCAUUGAAGACACCUUAGGGUUAAGCAAACCAGAGAAGCUAAAAAAGAAAAAGAAGAAGAACAAAAUGGACCGACAUGGGAAUGAAAAGUCCACUCCCAAGAAAACCUGCAAAAAGAGGCAAUCCUCCGAGUCUGAUAUUGAGAGUGUUAUAUAUACUAUUGAAGCAGUUGCAAAAGGAGACUGGGGCAUCGAGAAACUUGGUGAAACUCCUCGCAAAAAAGUUCGCACAUCCUCAAGUGUGAAGGGAAGCAUUCUGGACACCAAGUCACCAAAGAAAAAAAUCAAGUCAAAAGAUAAGAAGAUGUCAAAGGAGAAACUGUCAAACCCCACCAAAGAGACCAAGCCUUUGGAUUUCAUUAGCAUUACUGCCAACAAAGAGGUUCCCGGAGAGAUUCCAGAGUGUGUAAGAGCAGAACCAUUGACUCCGACGGAGGAGGUUCUACCGCAGAGCUUGCCAGGACAAGUCAAAACAGAGGAGAGUGACUGUAAUAGAAAGAUAGAAAUCUGUGGCUCAAGGAAAUCUGAGAGGUCUUGCAAAGGUGCUCUUUAUAAAACUCUGGUCUCAGAGGGCAUGCUCACUUCCCUGCGAGCUAAUGUGGACAGAGGGAAAAGAAGCUCAGGAAAAGGUAGCUCCUCUGAUCAUGAAGGGUGUUGGCAUGAAGAAAAUUGGUCAUUUACCCAGUGUGGGACUAGUGGGAGUAAAAAACUAAAAAGACCAAAGCCAAAGGAAGAGUUUGUCCUUGGCUUAGCAAAGCUGGAAGAAGAAUUUGAAAAAAAAUUCAAUAGCCUCCCUCAAUACAGUCCUGUCACAUUUGACCGGAAAAGUGUAUCUGUUCCAAGAAAAAAGAAGAAGACUGGAAAUGUUUCAUCAGAACAGACUAAAACCAGCAAAGGUUCAUUCCAGUCUCAGAAAAAGAACCUAUUCCACAAAAUUGUCAGCAAAUAUAAGCACAAAAAGGAGAAGCCUAAUGUUCCGGAAAAAGCCAUACUUUUAGAAGAUAAAACCACCACUGAGCCUCUCCGCAAGACUAAAGAUGCCCCAUCAGUUUCAAGCACUCCAGAGCCAACAACAACGCAAGAGCCUUUGGUUGGCAGCCAGAAAAGGAAAGCCAGAAAAACGAAGAUCACACAUCUCGUCAGGACCGCAGAUGGCCGGGUGUCACCAGCAGGAGGUACUUUGGAUGACAAACCCAAGGAACAACUGCAGGGUAGUCUCCCUAAAGCAUCAGCUACAGAUAUCGAUUGCAAUGAGGAAUGCUCCCAAAACAUCGAAGCAGAGGAGAUUCGUAGUAUCACACCAGACAUGCCAGCCGUGUCUGCCUUCUUCAGCCUGGCUGCCCUGGCUGAAGUAGCAGCAAUGGAGAAUGUACACAGAAGUCAGCGGGCAGCUCCCCUUGCCCAUGAUGGACAGCCGAAAGAAAUGCCACAGGCUCCCGUACUUAUUUCCUGCGCUGACCAGUGAAGCUCCCCUUUAUUGUAAAACAUUGUGCUUUACCUAAUAUCCUAGCCUUGUCUUUACCAAGGGAAGCUAGUCAGUCCAUAGGAUGGAAAAUAUAGAUUGCAAACACGUGAUUGGUGCCCUGCACGGCCCAGAUUUCACUUGAAGCCAGAAGUUAGCAACUUGGGCCAGGUCGUCCUAUUGGAACCCAGAAUCUUUGAGGGGGAUGUUAUUUGUCUGAUAAUGAACAGAAUGAGAAUGAUCCUGGAGCUUUGCUUUCUAUUGAAGGCUUUUAAUGGUAAAUUGGUGGUUGCUUGGAAGUGGCUGCCUUUACUGUAGCUCAUCCAGUGUCUCUUUUACCAACCAGAGAGUGUGAAACUAGUUUCGUAUAAUAUCUAGUUAUUCUUUAAAAAACAAACAAAAAAAACAACAAAAAAAAAAACAACAACAAAAAACAACAAAAAAAACAAACUGACGCACUGCACUAGUUAUUAUUAGAUAUUCCUAGUCAUUUUUGUACAUGAAGAUUUAAGUUCUAAGAUGGUUUAUAUAAUAGGUUAUGCCUACAUUUAUAUUGUAGAUUAAAUUAAAAAACCUGUUCCAGAGAACCCCAAACAGCAUGGGCAGACGUACCAUUGUUAGCGGUGUAUGCUCAGCCUCGUGGUCCAUAUAUUCUGCACUUUUAUAUUUGCCACCAGAGUGGUAGUUUGUUGGCAAAAAAGAAAAAAAGUCUGACUCUAUUUCUAGGCUGAGUCUUUUCUUAGGCUUGAAUGGUUAAGGAGAAUUUGCAUAGGGUAAGUUGUGGUAUGUUUUCACCUAGUUGGAGGAAGAGUCCUGCAGAUUAUUGAUGGUAUCAUGCCUUGAGGAUUCUUUUUAUUUUUUACAUAGGGGUCUGAGAGACCAGUGGAACAUUGAUACAAACAAAAAUGAAACAAACUAAAAAAAAAAAGGACAGAAAAAUUGUUCAGAAGUGACCUUAGAAUUACUUCACUAUUCUGAAAACAUUGAAGACAUUGAAUUCAUGUGGACUCUGAGACACAUACCUUUUAUAUCUCUCACAGACACACUGGACUGGGUUGCGAUUGCUAUGCACAGCCUAAAUUGGCAAUGCAGGUUUUUUUUAGAGCCAUUUAGAGUUUGUGUUGGUUAAGAGGUAUGUGAGUAAAUGAUAAUGAGAAGUAUGCUUGACUCGAGUGGGGCUAUCAAAUCUAGAUCUACCUGCCAGUUUCCAUUUCUUUUUGUGUUUUGUUGCUUUUGAGCAUUAAACCAUAGAUAGGCCAGUGCCAAGUGGAUCAGCUGGCUUAGAACAUUCAACAUAUUGACUUAACCACCUGACUUUCCCAGUGACUUGUUUCCUAGCAACAGCUACAAAGUGAUAAAUCAAAAUUAGUCUGAGGCUACAAAUUCUACAGGGUAUUUGUUCCAUAGCACAAAGUAUGUCCCUAUUCUUGCAUCACAGCACAAAAAAAAAAAAAAGAAAGAAAGAAAAUGCCAAAUUUUAAUUACUGGACUCCAGCAAUAAUUUUUUUAUUGGUCUUCAUACUGGCUGAAUUUUGAUAGUGUUAGGUUGAGUUUGAAGCUCUUGAAUUAGGUCUCAAAAUGAUGAGAGUUUACAUGGUUUUAUCAGGCCUUCUUAUUUAUACUUGACUGAAUUGAUAAUGAUUUUUUUGUAAUUGUAAUUUGAUGUAAUAGCCAUACAAAAAAAAAAUAAGUAACUCUUAAUACAGACUAGGUUUAGCCUUUCAUGGUUGUAGAUAUGACUUCAGUUUCGGUGCUGGAAAAUAUGUACAACAUACUACACAGGAAUGGAAAAGUAAUUUGUAUAGAGAGCAAUGAAGAUGAAAGGCAUUUGGAAAAUGAUGUCCUCAAAAUACAUUUUCUUUGUGCAUUUGGAGGAAGAAGGAAUAGAAAAAAGGUUAAUCCAAGGUGACAGCUUAACCCCAAUCAGGUAACACUAAACCUAGUAAAGAGUCCCAACAAAUACAAUGUACCUUAGGUUUUUACUAUGAACCUGUUUUAUUAAUGUUUUCUAAGUUUUAAAAAGAAUGUUUGAAAAUUGCUGGGUCCCAGUUGUGGUGGCUGUUGGAGUUUUUGGACCACUUGCUAGCAGUGAUUUAGAAAUUAAGAUUAGCUAAAAACCCAAAAAUCGUAUGGUGCGGACCAUGCACCUUGACAAUGGUACUAACUUGUUAUUCUAUAGAACACGUUAGAAUAGGUCUAUUUUUGCCAGAGCCUCUUCCAAUCUUCCUCCAAUUACAUUUCACUAGUGUUCCUUAAGAGAUUGCUGUAUAUUAAUGGGACCUUUUUAUAAAAAACAAAACAAAACAAAACAAAACAAAACAAAAAAAGAAACAAAAGGAUUACUUUUUUUCUAUGUGAAUUAAUAUCUUACUUGAUCUGCUUUUUCCUAAACCUCAGUGGCUUUUCCCUUAGGUGGGGCAGGGUGGGUGGGGAGAACUUACUGGAUAUGACUGUUUUCAGAGACUUAUAAAAACUUUUUUGUAGAAAUGCUUAAUUUUUAAGCAGUUAGGCACUGAGAGCAGCAGAAGUCCUGCAAAGCUUUAUAGUUCUCUAGGCCCUUACCUUGUUGUUUCUCUGAGUGAAGUCUUGAUUUCAAUAGCUAGAACUGCUCAUGCCCUGAAUCUGCUACAGAGGGGUGUUGAUAUUUUUCAGGUAACACAGUUUGUUAGCACAAAUAUUUCAGACCAACAUUUAAUAUUAUCUUUUCUUCCAGUUAUUUUAAUAGCAUUCUUUUUUGUUUUGUAAAGUCAUAUUGCUAUGGUGUGUACUUUAGUAUGCCAGCAAACACUGUCCCACAAGCCUCCUUGAGAAAAAAAAAAUGUUGCACCUUAUGUAUAUCUCAAGCAAACCAAAAUAUGAUGCUCUUCUGCUUUGUUUUUAUUCUAAAUAUGUUGUAUCAUAUCUUUCUGAAACCAUUCUGAAUUGAGUUGAAAUUAUCAAUAUUUAUGCAUUAACCUUAAUUUCUGGAUUCAAACCUGUAUAUAAAUCUUUUGAAAAAAAUUGUCCUAGCCCUUCUCUGUGAUGCUGGAUAUGGGGGAUUUCGUCUCAAAGGGAGACACAGUACUGUUCCAGUUUUCUUUGGCUUUUAUUUAUUUAGUUAUUCUGGGUAUUUCCAAUGUAAUUUUGAGGUAUGUAAAGUGUAUUAUAGUAGCUGAAGCUACAACCUAUGAGAAGCUGCGUGAAAAAUUACUGUAAGUCAUCUUUUAAGUUUUUAAUUGUUUGAGUACUGUAUAUGAGGUUGAGAAAAAGUAAAACAUGUUCCAUAGAAACAUUUUGAGAUACAGGUUCUGAUCCCCGACUAAGGUUAUUUUCCAGAUUUGAGACCAAAACUGUUAAUUCAUUAAAAACCUUCUUAAGGUUAAAUCAUGCUGUUGUAAUCCUGUGACAGUCUUUAUUCUCAUGAAUGUGCUAUAACUUCAGAAAUGGAGUAUCUUUAUUUAAUGAGACUGGAUGAGUUUUUCAGUUAAUUCAAUGUUCCAAAAGUCGUGCUGAAAAAUUUGAUUAGGUAUAAAGUCCCAAAUCAUCAAUUCGUAGUUUCAAUUCAUACUUUCAAAAUUGAUGGGAAAUGCCAUAUUUCUUAAAAAAAGAAGAAGUAUAUGAACUGAUUUGAUAUCAAGAAACAAACUUUUUGGAUCACCUUUUUUUUUUUUUUUUUUUUUUUUUAAAAACUUGUUCAGGAAAAUAGUACCCUACUUGAAUAGGGUAAACUUACUUUUGCACUCUGCAGUCUUUGGCCCAUCAUAUUACAAUUUUGUAUCCGUGAAAAAUGUCAAGAAAGUUAAAAAACUGCACCAGAAACCAUCGCAAGCAGGAAACUGAAAGUUUCUUUAUGAGGAAAAGAGUAGGAUGGAAGUGCAUCUAUUACAAGUUUGGUAUUAAUGUGAAACACUUGCUUGCCAAUUCAACUACUGUAUGUAUCUUAAAUAUGCGAAAUUAUGGAAUAUGUGGGCUUCAGGCGAGCCUACAUUCUAAGAAAGAAGACUACCAUUUUAUGGGGGGGGGGAAAUGAGGAAGAAGAUAUAAAGUCUAUUUUCCCCCCUUGCAAAGGGAAGACAGGGUUUAUAUGGCACCAAUGGGUUAAUAUUUAAUUACACUCUACAGAGUGGUCACUGAUCAGUCCAAUGUUGAUAGGCUACCUCUGCUUUAAAGGAUAGCUUCAUGACUUCCUAUCUGUUUCAAAAACUGCACCAUCUGAUGCUUUUUGCCCUCAGUGCCACAUUCACAUCUGCAGUGUUUAAAAUUCCAGGAACCAUCUCACACAGAGAGGACUGUGUAUUGCUAAAAAUGGGCAGUGGUAGCCUUGUAGUUAUUGCUGUUUCAUUUGACCUAUGAAGUAUUCUUGUUGGCUGCUUGAUGGAAUCUAAAAUCGAGCUGUUAAUUUGCUCUGAGAAAGAUUGCCUGGCACCCUUUGAAAACCAGUGUUCUUCAGGGGUUGCUUUUUCUUGAUACAAACAUUCCCAAAGAAUCAUUUUGUUUAUUUGUUUUGGUUUGGGCUUUAGAUAUUUUUAAUAUCCUGAGUUAGACUGACUAACACUGUACUUCAUUGAAAAGAAGCAGUUAGUCAGUUCAUCUGUUUUCAGAUGUGUGCAGUAGAUUAUUGAAUGGACUGCUUUGCUUUAGUCUUAAAGUCACUGUUACUGUUGUCACACUGUAUAUCAAGUCAUCUUGCUUGCCCUUUGCAUGGGAGACAUUAUUUUCUACAUUUCAAGGCAUUUCAGGACAAAGAAGCUCCAAGCAGAUGAAUCAAUUCAGUUGCAAGAGAGAAGUAAUUUUUGUUUUUCUCUCUUAUACUUUUUUUUAUCAUUUCUGCCCAAUUUUCUCCUUACAAAUCCAAAUGAGGAUUGCUCUUUUGGCCAAAUAUUAUCUGGUAUUAUAGAAGCUGUAAUAAUUUCAGAAAGGUAAAUUCUACACUUCAAAAUAUUUUGUAUUCUUAUUUUUUUUUCCAGCCAGUGGUCAGAGUUGAUUUUAUUCCAAAUUGGUUGAUCUAACAGUACUAAUGGGCAUAUGAACAUUGUUAAGUUCUUCCAAAGACUUCUUGGUCCAAAGUAUGUUACUUGGUACCAAGUACCUAAGUCAUUACCUUUUCCCCUUGAAAUGCAAAUCUUACCUCAUAAUCUCUAAACUAAAUUACUUAAAUGGAUACAUUUUGAGAAAUAACACACUAAUCCUACCUUGUGGCCCACAAGAGGGUGACAAACAUUUUCUCCCCAUUGACACGCUCAUGUUAGUUUGUGCUGGACACUGGCUCUGGAAGUUAAAGAACUGUGGAUAUUGUGGUGUUGGCCAGAGAGCUCAAUGAAGUUUCACAUUUCAGUAGUAUUUUACAAGUCUUUCACUCUCAGAAACUUAAAUGUAGGAGACAGCAACAAUAACAACCUGAGAUUCUACACACCUGAUUCUGAGUGUUGAUUAUAGGUUUGAAUCUAUUAGACAUCACAAAUUAGACACAGCUUCAUCUGACCACCAGGUCUUAUUUCUGUUGACAGUUUCAGCAUGACAGAAUUGCUUUUUUUUUUUUUUUUUUUCUUUGCUUUCAGAAAUUGGCUUGGUUCUCUUUAGAUUUGAUGUAAACAUACCAUGUAAUAAAUGAUUUCCAUUAAUGGUACAACAGAAUUAUUGCUUUCUUAGAUGUGUGUGUAGUAAAAGUCAAUAUACACAUUUAUAUAAUUUUUCUUCAAAAUCUUAUACCUAAUUUGAUAUUUCUAAAAGGUGCACAUGUCAAGUCAUGUGUAUAACAUGCUAAACUACUUUAACUGUGAUCUUGAAACUGAAUAAAGAUAUUUAAUAAAAAUUUUAAAUAUUUUAAAGAAAA